AUGAGGCACGUCAGUUCAGAUGAGCGAGAUGAGGCUGAAGAGGCAUUUUUCUCAUCUGGGCCGUGGGCUGCUUUGGAUAACAAAGAUCUCGGAGUGAAAUCGCCAAGGCCGAGGAUCAGUUACGUUUUCAAGAAGCAGAUACUACAACAGCUGCCGACUUUUGUCCAGGACAUUGACGUCGAGAUCACGAAUUGCAGGAAUCACGUAAACCGACUUGGUACCGCGCGCACUACGCCAGCGGAGCAACGCGGUUAUCCAUUUCAAGUCAGACGAGACUUCACAAAACUUAUGCGGGCUGCUGUAGAUGGGAAAUACAAUGAUGCAUUCCUUGGUAGCGCCAAAACUGAUGAAGGUCGUCAGGAACGCCUCAGAGCCCGGGCGCAAGAAAGUUUUACCUUCUUCGCCGCAAACCUGCGUCAACGCGGCCAGAAGAAAAUUAUAGUGGACUAUCAAGAUGAAGCGAAGCUUUCCCGGCGUCCGAUCGCGAGAUCUUCGUACAUGAAAGAGGUCAAGGAUUUAAUGAGACGAAGCAGAGGGCGUGGAUUGCCUGGCACGUUCAAUCCACUCAUCAUCGGAGAGCUAUUGUGGAGCAGUGUCACGACCAUGGGACGGCAUCAAACUGCUUCUACCGUACCGCACUGUCCAUCCGAUUACAUACAACCACUAUCUUGCGGACACCGUUCGGAAGAUCCAAGAGGACAGACGCCGACAGAGGCUCAGAGAGGGAUUUGGGAAGCGUUGGGAGACGAACUGCGCCCUGGGGCUCACAACGUGUACAUGAAUCCUUCAGAAUUAAUUGCUCAGCUGGAAGACCACACUGAAGUCGACAUGGAAUCAUGCGCUGACGAUCAAUUACGGGGAAGCGUAUUACAAAUUCUCGAAGUCAGCAAAGUCGAACUGAGGAAGUCCAAUGUUCAUCGUUCACCGGCUUCUCCCUCAGGCAGCUCAUACGAUGAUACAAUCACCGAGUACAGUAAAAAAGCUCCAAAUGAGGUUGAGUUUGCGAAUAUUGACUCGGGAAAGCUGGCAGCGGCUCAGACGCCAGAUGAUGAAGUAGAUGUUGAGACACAUGUGGAGUCGCGUCAAGAUGAUGUUCCUUCCGAAAGCUUUCAUCCCAAUAACCUCAACAUUACCCAAAACUCAGAUAUGAAUUCUGAAUUAGCCUUUGAGCCACGAAUACGAUGUGGCUAUACAGGAGUGCAGAUUGUGGAGAGGGGAUUGCCAGAAAGGACGCCCAUCUGUAACAAGGUUAAGAAGUCACAAAAUAUUCAGUGUAUUAUUGAGCGUAAUAAUGAUUGUCAAGUCAGUUCCCUAAAUUCUUGGGAUUGGAAAAUGCUGAAGAAGGCGUUGGAGUUUCUCCAAUACUCGUAUGAGCCAGCAUUGGAAGCCCAAGGCGAUAUGGCCUCAAUCUCACAGUCACUUGAGCUGCUAGACCUUCUAGGACGCUGCAAGAAGUGGAGGAAACUUAAGCGCACUAUUCGAGCCCGAGCAACGGUGAUGAUGGCAUGGUUCGCGGUGUCAAAAUAUACUGCGCGUUUAAAGCUGCUUGUAGCCUUUGGGAGGAAGAGUACAAUCUCAACGUCGAGAGACACCCACGGAGCAAUGCCCAAGUGUGUCUGUCUUGGCAAAGCCUAG